AUGGCGGUCGGUCCGGAGCGACGCGGGGCAGCGCGUGCGCCGACGCCUGGGGCCGCUGUCGGGAGGUGGGAGGGGCGGUGUGCAACGGGGGCGGCGCGCGCCGACAUCGAUCGCCGCGGCGGCGACCGGGCGGCGGUGCGCGCCGCGCCGCCAGUCGGACCACGGCGCCGCUCCCCGACGCCACGGCGCCACCGCGCGCCAGGCCCGACGCCCGCUCUGCUGCCGCCGCCGCCGUCGCCGCCGCUGCCGCCGCCGCCGCCGCACAGCGGCGCGUGCGUGCGUGCAGCCUUUAUCGGGCGCGCGGCCGGCCGCCUGCCGCAGCCAGAUAAGGCGCAGUGCGUGCGCGCCACGCGUGGCUGCGUGCCGAUCGAUGCCCGGCGCUGCCGCUCACCUGACGAGCAGGCCAAGCUGGGAGGGAAGCGGAUGGCAAAAGAGUGGGGAGGGGGCGGGGGCGGUGGCGGCGGCGGCGGCGGCGGCGGCAUCGCUGUCGGCUUGACUGCCUCGCGGCACGGCGCUCGCUCGCAAUAUUGA